AUGGCUUGUUCUAAUUUUAACUCUCCAUAUCAAGCGGAAAAAAGAAGAACUGCAGAAAAUAUUGAUAACGUGAAGCUGGAAUCUGUAAGCGCGGCCGUUAACUACAGGGAAAUGGAUCUCAUACUUUUUCCAGAAGGGUCACUAAAGAAUAUCAACAACACAGUCGUGAGCGAGAAACAUUUAGUUGGAAAAUCAGUCGCUUUAUAUUUUUCCAACGGAAGUGAUCCCAAAUGUAGGGCAUUUCUUCCCUUCCUACAACAGUACUAUAAAACUAUUAACGAGGGAGGAUCUAGUCAAAAAAUUGAAAUAAUUUUUGUGAGUACGGAUCCGGAUAGAACAUCCUUUGAAGAUCACAAGAAGCAUAUGCCAUGGCUAUAUGUUGACAUAGCUGAUCCUUUAACAGAUAUUUUAAAAAAACAUUUCAGAGUUAUGAAUCCUUAUGAAGUUCCAUUCUAUGGCACCGGGCCCAGAAGUGAUGUUCCAUGCUUAAUUGUUAUUGGUAGUGAUGGAAGAGAGGCUCAACUUUUGCAUGUUUGCAGUGGAAGAGAUGAAGGUGAAAAGGGCAUUCUACGGUGGGACUAUAGGAAUAAUGUUUACUCCCUGAAUAAAAACGAAUCCUCCUUUUGA